GAAGACCAGGCUGCAGGAUGAGGCAAAUAAGUUUUCGUGGUGUUUGGGUGAAGAUCGCACUGUCAAUUUUGUGAUUUGAGAGGGAUAUGAAGCCACGCGUUUGGAGAAGGGCAACGUGUGUAGACACUGGAAGCCAGAGGGGAUUUUGAAUCUACUGUGAGCAGUUCCUACAGUCAGAUUGGAAUAUAAAUACUUUGUCUCUUGCUGUGGGAAGCGAGAACUUGGAGAAGAUGGAAAAAAGUAUGGACAGGUUGAAACAGCUGGUGGGACGCGUCAGCCCGUCACAAUGUAAAGACGCCUCUCCACCGGCAGGGGGCGGAAAGGCAGCGAGCCAGCCCGUGGAAACCAAGGAGCAUCAGAAGACCAAUGCCACAGCUCUGGAAUGUCUGGAAAGGCAGUUCUCUGAGUAUCUCCACUCGCUUCCACAUUUCGCGCAGGAAGAGAAACAGAAAAGGUGGAAUGGGCUCGUCUCUCUCUUCCUGCAGGCCUUUGACCAUGACUCAAGUAAUUGGAUGACGAUGCCCCUGUGCAUCUUGCCAUUUUCGGUUGAAGCCUCCAAAGUAAUGGUGCAGACACUCAAACAGAAACUCGCUGGGAAAGAAGGAGAUGAAGCACGAUCCAUUGUUGAGGACUUCCUCCAAUGGAAUCGAGAUACAGGAAGCAGCGAGGGGUGGCAGUUAUUAAGAACAAUUCAUCUAUUAGCAGCAGCUGACUCGGAGACACUGGGGUGCAUCGCCAAAACAGGACUGCCCUUAAUUCUUUUAAAAUGUCUGCACCUCUUCUUUGCUUUCUCAUCCCAAAGAGGGGCUGGAAUAAUGGAGUCACAGACACAAGACAAGGAUGCACUUUUUCAGGAAACCAUUACCCACAUCAUGCUGCACUUCUGCAGCCAGGUCUCCACUGUAGAGACAAUGGUUCAAACUGAAGACCUCAGGUGUCUGAUUUUGACAAUGGCCUCCCAAUGGGACCAGUGCAGUUUUUGCUGGAGGAAAUAUACAGGUCAUGUGCUGAAAGCCAUUUCAAAAACACCAACUAAAAAUACCAUCAGAUAUUUACAUGAUAGCAAUUGCAUAAAGAGGUGUAUUCAGAGUUUAUCUACAAUGGCAGACAGGUCAUCGGUCUAUGAAGCAGCCCAAGCAACAGUCAACGUGCUGUGCUUUGUGAAGGACUCUUAUCACGUUUCUCCAGAGUUACUCGUUGAUUUUGAAAGUGGUGAUGGGUACCAGCUACUAACCAGGCUGCUCCUCGGGUACGAUAAAGAACUGGAGAAAGAAGAAGCAAAAAUCUUGGAAGAGCUAGUAGAUUUUUUGAGUUCCCUCACAAUCUAUGGUCAGAAAGAAUUGAAGGUCACACCCUGUAUUGCAGGCUCUCAAUUCCCAAAUUUUAAGUUUCAACAGUCUUCAAAAUCAGAUGCAACCGUGAAAAACCUCCAGGCUUUCAAAGUCUUGCAAUUAGUCUUUUUAAAAGCUAAUUGUUCCUGCGUCUCAUCAGUUAUCCUGAGCGACAUCAAAAAGAUCUGGAGCUGGGACAAAGCCAACUUCUUUCUGUUGGAAUGGACACAACAGGCACUCUUUCAGUUCACUGAGGUGAUAUACCUCAAGCCGCAGUCUGUGCAGAUUCAGUAUUUUCAGAUGCUGCGGUAUGUUGUUAUUGACUUGUCUUACAUUCCCCAUGAAGUCUUUUCGAGGGUACAGGCCAUUAUCCGGGAGAACCUUUCUCCAUCCUGUGCCCUGCUGGCGCUCGAGUGUGUGCUGGACAUUGCCAAAUAUGACCCAUUGCUCACUGUCGUGUUCAGAGAAACCAGGCUCCUUGAGAUGCUCCUGACACAGCUUCAAAGAUCUGCAAAAAUGCUAAGGAAAGCAGGAAACAGCUUAUCUUCCAGUGAGCAGCAGCACCAGAGGGAAACCUCGUGUUUGAUGUUACAAGUUGUGGCAGUCAUGCUUCAAGGGUCUGUGAAAAACAUUGUAAUUCUUCGGGAAUAUGGGAUGACUCCCUACGUCAAGAUUUUCCUCGACGACAAAUUCUAUCGAAGCCAUGCACUGACCAUCUUGGAGCAGUUGUUCAUUGUGAAUGCGGAGGAGUACAUGCGUGUGGUAAUCGGAGUGCUGUGCUCAGCAACUCAGGGAGAAUUAACCCUGAAACUCGACCUUCUGCAGUCCCUUUUAAAUGUACUGGGAAUGCCAAAAGCGCGCACUGCAUUCAUGACUGCCGGAGGAUUCAAUGCUUUGCAGUCGGUGUUGGCUGACAUGGAAGGAGCAUUAUGUGACCCACCUUCAGGUAAUUGGGCCACUGUGGAUCAGAAGGAAAUAUGGGACCUCAUCCAGUCGACACUCUGCACUCUUACCGUUGCCAUGCAUUCUGACCCUGUCAACAGUUACUUCUUCAGAACUCAGGGACAGUUUGACAAAAUGACAGAAGACUUCAGGCUUCUGGGUUGCUUCAGCUGCAAAGGAGAAAGAUUAAAAUAUUCAUUGGAUAUUGGCACCAGCAGAAAGUUUGAGGAGUUUCUGACUUUAGUUCACAAUUCAAAGGAGGACAUUCUGCCAUCUUUGAGGAAAUGUGUUAAACUCUUUGAUUUUAUGGACCAGAUGGCCAAAGACACGUUGUCUUCUCCCCGCUCUACUCAGCAGACCAGGAAAGACCCUCCUCCACAUCACAGUGAAUCGCGCAACGAAAGUGAUGUGCCGGAGGUGACUGGGAGUCCUCAUGAUGCCUCCAGCAGCCCUGAUGAACCUUCAGAGCAGCUACUUAAUGCUGAGCCUGAAGACAGGUUUGCUCCAGAUCCUGUGCUUGUCCAUCCAGGUGCUAUUUGUGUCAUGAUAGACCUACUACCAAAUAUAAACUGUGAAGAAACCCCUCAGCAAUCCCUGGAGCUGCAAUAUGCAGUGGCUGAUUACGUUCUAUCGCUAGUCAGAUCAGAAAGGAACCGCCAGGCCAUGUGCGGAUCGGGACUUCUGACCAUCCUAGUAAGUCGCUGCAAGGAGGCACUGGCUGAUAAUGGCGAUCCGCUACACUUGCCCCUCAUCAGGAUUUUUGAGAAGCUGGCUUGCCAGGCGAUUGAUCCACCAAUUCUGAGACAGUUCCUGCGCCUUGGUGACCCCUUGAAUUGUAGAGUUGGAAAGACCCAAGUGUGGGACUCAUCUGGUAAACAUCAGGCCGAUCUUUCCUGCCGGCAGAUUGGUCCCAUAGAGACAGACUCGAGGUGGAGAGGAAACUCCGCCCGGAGAGGGUCACUUGUUGCAAAGAACAGACCAAUAUGGGGAUUCAGUUUGUCUCACCUGUCAAAACAUAGUGCAAUACCAUGGCAUCGUGUCAUGAGCUUAGUCUCCAUGAUGUCUUCUCGGAGUUUCCACCCAACCAAAUCAUCCACUGCGCCCUCUUUUGUAGAGUUUGACAUGUCCAUCGUUGGCUAUGGGUGCUGUUUAUUACCUACACUGGCGACAGUAAUGGGGGUUAAUGCAGAAUCCCCAAUUGCUGGUGGGAUUGGAGAUGGUUGCCGGGGGUUUCCACCACCUGCUGGCUUCACGUACUCCACAUGGUUCACCAUCGGCAGCUUCAGUUCUGCUUUCGAAGCCCAUCCCAUUCGCUUUCUCACACUCUUUCGCCACACUUCGAAGAUAGAGGAAGAUUUCACUUGUUUGUCGAUCAGUAUUUCAGCACCGGAGAAGCAGUUGGUCAUUUCCACUCAGGAGGAAGUGUUUGAACCCUUGGAUUGGAAUGAGUCAAGUCAGACCCAGCAGUCUUCUGCGCUAACCUCUGUUGAGUUCAACGUCUCCAAGUACUUACUUGUCGGUCAGUGGCACCAUUUAGCUGUGGUGUUGAGCAAGGACGCUCGAAGGAACACCACCGUGCUGGCAUAUUUAAACGGGAACGUUGUAGGAACUGCAAAGAUACAGUACAUUCAGACAUUUCCAGGAACACAUUUUUCCUUGGAUUCAUCAGCUGUCAUCGACGUUCAUGGAAUUAUUGGAACUCCCCAGAUCUGGAAGCGUUGGUCCUCUUUAGUCUGGCGUCUGGGCCCAACCUGCCUGUUUGAAGAGGUGACUCCUCCAGAAACUGUUCAACUCAUUUAUCAAUUGGGACCAAGCUAUCUAGGAAACUUUCAGUCUGUUUAUUUGCCAGGCGAUGAUUUAACCAAGACGCCAGUGCCUUCAGUGCUUGUGCCAGAAGAGAAGGUAUCCUUUGGUAUCAAUGUAGCAUCAUCAGCGGUGAUGACGGUUACAGAUAUAAGAAAUAAUUAUAAUGAAGUAGACAGCCGAUUAAUAUCAAGUGAGUUGGGAAUUUCAUCUCGAGAUGAUGCAAUGCCCAUUGUUCUGGCAAAAAAUACGGCCAACCAUCUCCCAGGUCUCGCCCGGACAAUUGGGGCACCAAUUGCAAGCUUCUUUGGAGUCAGAACGUUUUUUUCAAAUCCGGCUGCCAAUUGUUUGCAGUUUGUCGGUGGUCCUGCUGUGAUAUUAGGCCUCGUUGCCAUGGCGUCCGAUGACCAUGAGAUGUACGCAGCUGUUAAGGUUUUGAUUUCUGUUCUGAACAGCAGCACACUGUGUGAAAAAGAGAUGCAACGCAUCAAAGGCUACAGGCUUUUAGCACUGCUGUUAAAAAGGAAGGUCCGAUUGUUAAAUGCAAGGAUUUUUCAACUUAUAUUGACUAUAGUUGGAACUGCAGAGCUGGGCCGAGGAACCUCAACAAUUCAGAACGACUGCGCUUUCAGAGACCUCCUCUGUGAUUUUGAGAUCUGGCUGAAUUCUCCAGAGAUGCUCGAUCUGCAGCUUUUUAGACAUUUUGUGGAACUUCUCAAAAGCAGUGAUGGAUACAGAAAUGCUGAAGUCAUGUACAGGCUUCAGGUAGUACCAAGACUUGUCUUUCUCCUGAAUGACCCAAAUAAUACCAGGUCAAAGGUUCAGAUCAUAUGCACCAUUCUUGCAGGAUUGCUGAAAAGCUACUUUACCACCACAGACCUUCUAAGGAUUGGAUUAUUCCUUACUUACACUUUGCCUCCAGCUUCCAUGAAUGAAAAAUUAAUUUCACUAGAAAGAGUUUCUGAUACAUCAAUAGAUGUCAUAAAUCAAUUACCUGGACGGACAAUAUGGCUGAGAAACAAACUAUUAAAGACACUGCUGGAUGUUGUGUGUUGGGAUAACCUUACUGAAAAUUCCAAAGAUCAGGAGAAAAUGUUUACAUCGCUGGGGCCUGACUGGUUCUUGCUUUUCAUGCAAGCUCACAUUCAUCCGACUACUGUGAUCCUGAGUACAAGACUGGUGCUUCACUUCCUGUAUAAUCCAGCGCUGUUGACCAAGUUCAGAGACGGCAUGGCAGGAAAUGUAUGGUUGGAAAGCAACACAGCAGAGUGUAAUAUCUUAAUGGACAAUAUCAAAUCUCGACCCCAAGCCAGCAGCCAAAUGCCGCGUUUAAUUCCUGGAUUUGAAAUGAUGCAGAUGUUCUUGAACCAUCAUAUCGCCAUACCUGAGCUGUACCUGCUCCUGGCUGCAUUAUUCUUACAGACGCCAAUUAAUGAGAUGCCAGAAGACUCCAAGCAGGACCUUGACACGAUGAUUACUCGGCUUCUCGAACAAGUGAAACCAAAGUCGUGUGAAAAGUCUGCAAAAAUCCCAAAUGGAUUGUGUGUGGAAGCUGCCUUGGUUCUGCUGGGGAUGGUGAGAGCUAUACUAAGCAAGCCAAUCUCAGACACUGCUGGCUCGUGGGAGGUCACUUACCCUGGCAGCGUGAUGCAGUUUUUUAGUCUUGUCUACUACAUGAUCCCAGAUGAACCCCUGUGGAGGUCACCAGAGUUUCUACACAGCCUGGCAGCAGCUGGUUUUCCCAUGGCUGGAGCGUUCUAUUACAUGGCUGAUGGAGAAGCCUCAUCACAGGAAAACCUGACUUGCAAAGCUGAGCAGCAGUCACAUUUGUCAACACAUCCAGCAAGGAAGCAAGUCUCUGAUUUUAUCCACAUCCUUCUUUUGUACAGCUUUCUGAACAUUCCUGCCAGCAAGCAGCUGCAUCCUAUUGAGGUCCUAGUCGAGGUCUCACCAGAGAGAGCUACUGGUGACCAGAGAAAGAGUUUCCAAACUGAGAUCCUCCUCUUUAUUAUGGACAUAUUUCACAUCAUCAGUGAGGAACAGACUGUUACGCAGAUCUUGAUUGGAGAAGGUCAGAAUGCCACUCACAAAUCCACAGAGGGGACCUUGACUACAGUAUUUGAAAAUAUUACAUACUUCAGCCAAAAAUUUGUCGACAAGCUGUAUGCAAGAAUGUUUGAUGUGAACCCUGAAAAGAUUCUCCGUUUCUUAACUGAACAGAUUUGUGUGGUAAUGGAGCAAGUAUAUUCCCAGAAGGAUCAUGUCAUGAGCAACCUUUACAGCAGUUUGAACAGAGCCAUUCUGUAUUGUCUGUCAAGGCCGAGACAGUCACCUUCUGACCUGCUAACCUUGCUGAAUACUCUUAAGUUCCUACAAGAACAAUGGGACAUCGUAUUUGCAACGUAUAACUCUAGUUUACCAUUCACCAUUUGUCUCAUUCACUGCCUUUGUCAAAUAAAGGCUGGAAGCUAUCCUGAUGGAUUCGGUGUGAGGACAAGCAACAGAAAAAUCUCUUGGAUUGUACAGUCAGCAUCAAACAGUGAAAAUUAUGAUGGCUGCUUUGAAGCAAUCCACACUGUCGAAAGUAAUAAUCACCUCUUUCAGGCUCAAAAGGAUAUAAUGGAUUCAGUUGAAUGGGUGUGGAACCAUCUCAUGUCACAGAGAAGACAAGCCCUGGAGGAAAGCUACAAUAUAGACCUCUCAGUGAAGCAGAAGUCUAGUGAGAACGUCAUAGACUUUUCUGAGGUCUCUCCUCUGUGGGAAGAGUCUGCGACAAAGGCAUGGCAACAAUAUAUAGCUUCGGAAAAGAAGAAUUUGUCGAGUAAAAGUGUCGCAAUUCAGAGUAAAUCCGAGUGGCUGCCUGAAAGCCUGUCGACAGCUGUGCGUUUAGUUGGCAAACGUCUUCUGAAAGAGGCCAACCGCCUGACUAUGAAGGACUUAACAGUUGGUAUGGAUGUGCAAAGGAAAACUGGACAAGAAUUGUUUGCCAGCCUCCACAAGGAUCAUUGGCAGAUGCAGCAGUGCAUUCUGAACCAAACAUCGAAAGACUGGGUGAAGAUUGAACAACAGCUGCUUCAAGAGAGAGGAUUAUGGGGUCCUUCAUCAGGGUCACAGCAGGAUGCAUGGAUACUGGAUAUGGCUGAGGGCCCCUGUCGAAUGAGGAAGAAGAUGAGGCGAAAAACCAUUUGCAUCAAUUAUGCUUAUAAUGCAUGUCGAGAAAAAGAGGCCAAAAGUGAAGUCAAAAAGAAUCUUGGAUUCAAUUUUGGUAAUGAGGAGUUUUACAUGAAGUUAUGUUCUACGCAUGAACACGUGGGAACCACUGACAAGCAACUAUACUCAGAAAACGUACAAGCAGGGUUGACAUUGAACUUGACGGAGGGUGACGUUGAUGAGAGGGGCAUGGACUGUAAUCAGCUGACCUUCUUCCCAGCCCUUAUUGACAGUAUCCAGUCCGAAGAAUUCUUUGAAGAUUGUGUGGAGAGACAAGCUAUUCUCCAGGUUUUGGAUCCAAAAGAGAAGAUCAACACAAAAUACUCCCUAAUUGUUGGUGAUGGCCAUUUGCUGAUGGAAGGCGUUCUGCUUUUUGGUAGAAAUCACUUUUACGUCUGUGAGAAUUUCACACUGUCUGCUUCGGGAGAUGUUUACUGCGUUAAUCACCAUCCUUCAAGUAUUAACGAUUCCUACAUUUAUGACAUGUGCAAUAAGGAAACAGGCGGGAAAAAUCCAAAAUGUUCCAGAUAUUCAUAUAAUGACGUUCGAGAAAUCCACCAUCUUCGCUUCCUCCUUCAGGACAUUGCACUUGAAAUCUUUUUAAAGAAUGGAUUUUCAAAGUUCCUUAUAUUCCAUAAAAAUGAUAGAAAAAAGGUCUUUAAAAAAUUUGGCAAUGCCAUUCCUUCUGUGAAAAAAGGCAAAACAGACAAUCUUAAAAAUGUUGGAAGGACAUUAGGCGAGAAAGCAGUCACACAGAAAUGGCAGAAAGGAGAGAUCAGCAACUUCGAGUAUCUCAUGCAUCUGAACACUUUGGCGGGGCGAACCUAUAAUGAUUUGAUGCAGUAUCCAGUAUUCCCCUGGAUUCUUGCUGAUUAUGACUCUGAGGAGUUGGAUCUGACUAAUGCAAAGACAUUCCGGGAUCUCUCGAAGCCCAUGGGGGCACAAACUGAGGAAAGGAAGGAAAAGUUUGUCCAGCGAUAUUUUGAAGUAGAUAAUGAUGAGGACCUGUCUGUACGGUGUCACUACUGCACUCAUUAUUCUUCAGCAAUAAUUGUCGCGUCGUACCUGGUCCGAAUGGAGCCUUUCACUCAGACCUUCUGCUUACUACAGGGGGGCAGUUUCGACGUGGCGGACAGGAUGUUUUUCAGCAUCAGGAAAGAGUGGGAGUCGUCCUCCAAAGACAACAUGAGCGAUGUCAGAGAGCUGAUCCCAGACUUCUUCUACCUGCCUGAUUUCCUGCUUAAUCAGAACCGUCUUGAAUUUGGUUCCAUGCAGGAUGGGACUACCCUAGGAGAUGUGAUACUUCCUCCUUGGGCUAAAGGAGAUGCUCAAGAAUUCAUCCGACUGCAUCGGAUGGCUUUGGAAAGUGAUUAUGUCUCUGCUCACCUCCAUCACUGGAUAGACCUGAUAUUUGGUUACAAGCAGCAGGGUUCAGCUGCAGUCGAAGCAGUUAAUGUUUUCCAUCCUUACUUUUACGAUGACCAGGUUGAUCUCAAAGGAUUAAAGGACCCUUUGAGAAAGAAUACCAUCAUGGGCUUCGUCAGUAACUUUGGGCAGAUCCCUAAACAGCUGUUCAGUAAAGCUCACCCUGCACGGUUUGUCCAAGGGAAGCACUCUUCAGGGAAGGACCUUGCUGCCUCUUCUCCCGCUACUCUGCCCUUCUUCUACCACCUGCAGAAUCUGAAGCCGUCUAGUGUUCCAGUAAAAGAAUUAUUGAAGGGGGCCGUUGGACACAUUGUACAUACCGAAAAAGGGGUUCUUGCUGUGGAGAAGAAUAAAUUACUGAUACCACCAGAAUGGAACAGAACCUUCUCCUGGGGUUAUGAUGACUUCAGCUGCUGUCUGGGAAACUAUGGUGCUGACAAGAUUCUAACUGUAUUUGAAUGCCUGUCUGACUGGGGCCAGUGCCUGUGUGCUGUGUGUCCAACACCCACAACUGUUAUCACUGGAGGCACAAACAGUGUAAUAUGUGUGUGGGAAAUCCCAGCCCACAAAGAAAAAGCAAAAAGCAUGAUGUUGAAAGAGGUACUUCAUGGACAUAUAGAAGCUGUCACUUGCCUGGUGGUGUCUUCAUCUUAUAAUGUGAUUGUGAGUGGAUCGCGUGACAGGACAUGCAUCCUUUGGGACUUUAACACACUGACGUAUGUCAAUCAGCUUCAGGGACAUGAAGGGACGGUUUCUGCUGUUGCCGUCAAUGACCUAACUGGUGACAUUGCCUCCUGCGCAGGGACCUACCUGCACCUGUGGACAAUCAACGGACAGCCGAUUGCAAGCGUCAACACCUCCUCAGAGAUGACGGGGGAGAUUUUGUGCUGCUGCUUCACCGAGGUGCACGAAUGGGACUCACGCAAUGUCGUCGUGACAGGAUGUGCUGACGGCGUUGUACGACUAUGGAGGACAGAGUAUAGAAGAUUCCGAGUCACCAGGAACGAUGGAGGACCAGCCUCAGGAGAGAGUGGUUACAGAUGGGAGCGGCACCUUGCCUUUCGUUGGAGGCUGAGCAGAAACAAUGGGCUGCCGGGGAAGCAGACCAGGAGGGUGUCUGCUAUCACAGCACUGGCCGUCUCGAGGAAUCAUGCUAAGCUAUUUGUGGGUGAUUCAUGGGGCAGAGUCUACUGUUGGUCUGUUGAAGGCUGAAAUAAUAACCACGAGGAGGAGAUCGAUGAUGAUGGAUUCCAUAAAGGCAAAAACAGCCUCCAGUGAAGAAUAUAUUGCCUGAAGAAGCACCUGCUCAGAGAGUUUCCUGCUGCACGAUUGUAUUUGCACACAUUUGGAGUAACAUGUGUUCAUUUGAACUGGUCCAGAUACAAAGUUUUAGCAAUUGUACAAUGGAAAAAUUUGAUUGGAGCUAUCAUUUUUAAGCAUUGGAAUUUAUUGGAAUUUUAUUGGGAAUGAUGACUAUGCAAUGGAACGUUUUACAUUUACAUGAAUCAACAUAUUAGAGCUGGCCAUUUUGUAAAAUGUACUCCUUCAGGAUGUAAGGCAGAGACUAGGUGUUGAGAAUUUAUGACGACUGAAUUAUGUGGCUUCCAGUUGUUGUGACACUAAAGGUGUCAUCAAUUAAACUCACCAACAAUGGUCCUGCCCAGUGAACAAGCAGUUAGUGGUACCUGCUCUCAGAAUAAUAUGGUGCAUGUUAGUGGAACUCCAUGUGAAUGGAAGUACAUGCAAGCACAUUGGGUCUUGAAGCUUAACAGGAUCAAUAUUCAUUGAGACUGACGUUACCUACUUCAAGAGGCUGAUACUGCGAUGCUCAGUGUCCUGCAUGAUAAGUUAUUUUGAGGAUCAAUGGCAAAAGUUUUUUAACAAGUACUAAAUUCUAAAGUAAGAAUUUGAUCAGCUCAGUUCUGUUAGAACUUGCUUGUUCUGAUUUAAACUUCACACUUAAUUGUGUUGCUGAAUUGAUGCAUUUACAGGCUGCUAAUCUGACUAUUUUUGGAGAGUGAGAAAAUUCUUCUAAGUCUUUAAAACACUGAUAUUCCCUAGUACAAGGGGUGUCAGAGCUAAUUCUGUUUUUCCUUGAGCUGCUUUGAGACAUAUCCUGCAGCAACCUAUGUUCACAUGCCAGCAGCUUGUUGGGAUCUGCAAAUCAGCAGUUGGAUGGGUCCUUCAGGCAUUCAUUCCAAAAGGCGCCUCGCCAAAGUUUUGGCCACAAAUUAUAUAAUAAAGUUCCUGAUUCACAAGAGCAACAGAUGUUCCAAUGGUAGUAUUGGAUGUGGGGUGGCAUGAAGGACAAUUAUUCAGAGUAGAGUUCUUUUCUGACGUUAAAAACAGCUACGCGUUUGAAAUUUGGAUUGCAGUUUGACAAAAAGCUUCACGGGUUAAAUUAUCAGAUUGGCAUUUUUUUUUUGCCAUUCCAAUUAGUGAAAUGGGACAGUGAGAAUUUUGGACUGCGGAGUGUCACUGUGAAUUAAACCUAUCCUUCCUACACAUUAUCAAUUAAUAGAAAGCAGGCCAUCCAGUUGAUAUUUGAUUUGGCUCCCUCUAGGCAGCUGUGAACUUCUAUUUUCGCAGAAAGAUCACAUCCAGCAUUUGUACCUCAACAGAAUUCUGUUUUCUGUGAUCGUGUAAAUACAGAUGAUCAAAUAAAGUUUGAAUAAACAGGAA